UUCGGUUUCCAUUUUCUGCCGCGGCCAAGCCGAGGUCCUACCGUCCUGGAGACGACAGACAAGGCGGUGACUUCAGUGAUCGACCUCAUCUAUUAACCUAGCAUGGUUGAAGUGAAACGUAGAAUUCUGGGACAUUUACAUUUUUGUUGACGAUUCAGCUCAGAAAAACACCUAGGAAACUAUUUCAAGUGAAAAUAACAAUCGUAGCCUUAAAAGCUAAAACUAGCAGAAGCUUUACUGAGACGUGUGACAGUUCUUGACUUUUAUGAACGAAAAGUUAAACCUGCUCUGAUGACCACCUGUAUAGUGAAAGUCACCUGUCAAGGCCAGUUCCCAUUUCUUCCUUUGUGUAUUUUUACAUCAUAUUGGCACAGGAGUAAUGUUUAAGAGGAAGCUUGAAGAGGAGACUUUGUUGAAUGAAAACAGUCGUGUAGUAAGGACCUGAAAGAAGUUUUCAUCAUGGAUCAUCUGAGACAAGUGGUUGAAAGGGUGUUGGAUUCCCCUCAGUUGACUAUGACAAUCUGUUUUGCUGGCCUGUACGCGACAUACUACAUGUUCUAUGUUGUCAGGAAACCCUAUCUGGCCUGUGGUGAUGAGAAGCUGAGGAAGUUUAUCACCAGUCAUUGUCCGGUGGUACAAGAGAACUACUGGCCCACCUGGUGGUGCUUUGAGUCUCGGGUCCUGACGGUGCUGCGAGCUGUCAUUCAGUCAAAGCCCAAGGUGAACUAUGUUGGAGAGAAGCUAAUUACGCCUGACUCUGGAGAAAUCGUAUUGGACUGGGUGGAGAAUGAUGACAACAGCAAGUUCCCCAAGGACAGGCGACCCACGGUGCUGCUCAUGCCAGGACUCACAGGAAGCAGUGGAGAGAAUUAUAUCCUGCACAUGGUUCAUGAUGCCAGUGAAAUGGGGUACAGAAGUGUGGUGUUCAAUAACAGAGGAACUGGAGCUAGCACCUUGAGGACUCCCCGCACCUACUGUGCUGCUAACACCGAAGACACAGAGUUUGUGAUCAAUCACAUCAAGGACAAAUAUCCUGAGGCGCCUCUUAUGGGAGUCGGCGUUUCUUUAGGAGGUGGUAUCAUGUUCAACUAUAUGGCCUACUGGGGCUCUCGAGCUAGGCUUGACGCUGCUAUGAUCAUUUCCGCACCGUAUAAUUUACUGGAAUCAUCAGUCAGUAUGCACAGGCCCCUCAAUUACUGGAUCUUCAACCGGCACCUAGCUAGAAAUCUCCGCAGGCUGUUUGCAAAAAAUCUUGCUUUAUUUGAAAACCACUUGGGCAUUGAUACAGCGCAUGUUUUACGAAGCGAGUCCAUCAAAGACUUUGAUGAACGUUUUACCACCAAGAUCUUUGGUUACGAGUCUGUGGACCAUUACUAUACGGACGCCUCUCUACACACCAAGGUCCACCGACUAGCCCGGCCCGUGCUGUGUCUGAGCGCGUCGGACGACCCUUUUGCUCCCCACCACUCCAUUCCAGUGAAAGAGGCGGAGGAAAAUGAGAACAUUGCCAUCGUGGUCACUUCUCACGGGGGACAUAUCGGCUUCAUGGAAGGCACGUUUCCCCGCGACAAAAACUACAUGUACCGCUGGUUCAAGCAGUAUGUGUCUGCUGUGUUUGAGCACGGAAACAAAAAGGCGUAACUACGCUUUUUUUUUUUUCCCUUUAAACUUACAGCACAUAGAUGGUUUCAUUUAUUACCUCAGUUCAUUUAUUUUAUAGUUUGGCUUAGGAACAAAUAUACUUUGAAAGCCAUAAUGAGUGCACUGUUGUUACUUUAUUAUAUGAUAUCAUGUUUUUUUAAGGGCAUUUUUUAUUGGAAGUUUACCUGCAUUGACUUGGACAGUGAGUCGGGGACACAUUGAUCAUGCUGCUCCUGAAAUUUUCAUCUCUACAUUUCCGUUACAUGUGGAAAAAGUUUCCAUGAGCUGUGCAUGUUUGCGACUUUUCUGUGGUUAGCUUAUUUCCUCUAAUGGUAAGAGUGAUAUAAGAGAUAAAAAGUU